AUGACGUACGUAAGAACAGUUUAUUGUACUCUUCAGCUGGAAUUCGGGGAGAAAACAAAGUUGUAUUUAAAGGGAAACAAUCUAGCCGAUAAGAUAAAAGUGGAGCCCAGGCAAAAAAAAGGCGAGCUGCUGACUAAAACACAUGAUUUAUUUCACGCCAUAUGCAAUCACAUGACGUGGCAACGUCGCAAUUUUCGGAGCUAA